GCUUUGUGCACUAAUCAUUGCCAUGCAGCUCCGGCUGAACCCAGUUCACUUGUGUCUAAUGAAGUUCUAACCCCUUCUCCUUAAAUCUUCAUCUAAAGCAAAGGAAUGAGAAGUUUCUACUUCAACCAGUGUGUAAGGAAACUGUUCGGCUCAGCUCAAGCAUCCCAGACUCUGACAGGGACAAACCUGCACAGAUCUGUAACUCGACUGCAACAUAGCAAGGUCAUGGCCGAGGAGAAACCGUGGGCUCUGUUCUCAGAGGUGGGCGAGCAGGGUUACCUGGAAGAAGUCACUGAUAUAAUGAAACAGCAUUUCCACAUCGUCUGCCACAAAGACUUUUCACAGAACCCUCAGCUGUACAGUGAUAAAAUCCAGGCCAUGUUCGUGUGGGACUGUCAACCUGCAGCCGAGCCUUCGCUGCUCACCUCUCUGCCCUCGCUGAAGGUGGUCGCCAACGGAGGAGUGGGCAUCGACCACCUGGAUGUGCCGUACAUCUCCAGCCUCGGGGUGAAGGUGACCAACACGCCCGGCGUCGUGAGCGAUGCCACCGCUGACAUGGCCAUGGCUCUGCUGCUGGCAUCGGCACGGAGGGUUGUUGAAGGUCACCAAGCAUCCGUUGACCCCAAGACGACCCAUUUACCACUAGGCAUGAUGGGAGUUGAGGUCACAGGGGCCACUCUGGGGAUCAUUGGAAUGGGAGACAUCGGACACAAAAUAGCUCAGAGGAGCAAAGGAUUUGACAUGAAGAUCUUGUAUCACAACAGGAACAGAAGGAGCAUUGAGGAGGAGCGAGCAGUGGGAGCAAGUUACCGUCAGAACAUGGACGACCUGCUGAAGGAGUCGGACUUUGUGACGCUGGCGGUCAACCUGACCCCUGAGACCACCGGGCUGAUUGGCCACAGAGAGCUGUCCCUCAUGAAACCCACGGCGACGCUUGUCAACAUCAGCAGAGGUCUGGUUGUGGACCAGGACGCUUUAGUGAAAGCUCUGCAGAGUGGGACGAUUGGAGCUGCUGCUUUAGACGUGACUCAUCCUGAACCUCUACCAAGGGAUCAUCCUCUACUCACUCUUCCUAACGUGCUGAUCACACCACACGUCGGCACCAACACUUACGCCACAACCAGGCGGAUGGUGCAGAGGAUGGUAGAAAGCGCUUUGGCUGCAGUGAAAGGACAACCCAUGCUCUAUGAAGUCACGCCCAAAUGAAAGCACAUCAUUUGUCUGAGUGUAGAAGCACUGAAUUGUUGGUAUUAGUGUCCCGACCAAGAAAAAGUUAUGAAAAGUUAUUUUAGAUUCAGACAACUUUAUUGAUCCCAAGAGAGCAAUUCAACAACAUCCAAUAUGAUACGUGUCAAAAAGCACAGGUCAACAAACAGAGGUCGGUGAAGGACGUCAAGAUGAAGAUUAAGUAGGUCAAAUAAAAAGCAAUAUAAGACAAUUAUUAGAUGAUAAAUAGCCAUUUGUUACAUGUGUUAUUAAAAAAAUAAUAAAAGACGUAAUUUAAUGUGACUGCUACUAAAUUAGUUUUAAUUCUUAUUUUUUAAUGAUUUGCCACAAUCACUGUGAUUAAAAUAAUUGAUGUAUGUUUUCUUUGUGUUGGAUAUAAACUAACAUCUGUCCAUUAUCUUUAAGGGCUGUGGGGAGUCCUUUAGCCAUAUGAACUGACAUGAAGAUUUUAAUGUUGUAUGUCGUAGAUAGUUACAUUCAUAUGUAAAGUUUAUGUGUUAACUGUAACACAAAAAAUAAUAAAGCUGCCUGAAAUCUUGAA